AUGCGCCUUACACCAGAGGAGAAGCAGGAGGUUUUGGACACUGUCGCGGAGAUGAUCGCCUCCACCAUUCAUGGCGCCAGCGGCGUGGAUGUGCACCAGGUCCUUGCGAACUCUCAGGCCGUUCCUCAGAAUUGGCGGGAGAUAGUGCAGCAGAAAGUGGAUGCGCGUCAAAGUUUCUCCACUGGUGGUCGGAGCAACGACGCUUCCUCCGCCGAACACGAGGCGCCACAGCCGCUGCCAGUCCUCCCUCCGUUGCAGACGUCAAAGUGGGAUUGUCCGAAGUGCGGCGCCCGGCAGGAAGUUGUCGACGCCCGAAAGUCAUUGAGGCGAAGCUGCACAUCUCCUGCUGUGCGAAUACUCUCUGACACAGUUACUUCUCUUUGCCCAGCUUGCGCUAAAGCCGUGUGA